CUCAUUGGGGUGGAGGAGAAGGCGGCGGCUGUCCGGUCCGCAGCGGCAAACAGUAGCGAAUAAUAGGAUUGUACAAUAUUCUACUGAUGAAAGCUAUGUACAUUUUGUGCUUGUGUUGAAUUCGUGCAGUGAAGCUUUUUAAUGGACUGCUGAAUUAUGAAGUAUUUCAGACCCAGUAGUAGAACAUCACUCAGCCACUCACUCCUUUAUCUCCUACUAGUUAUUUAAAUUGGACUUUUAAUAUCCUACCAGCUGCUCUUCAGACACACAUGGUGCAUUGUUGCCAUUCCCGGGAUUGCAUCUUUGAAACACAAGCUCUUAGUAACCUUCAGCAAACAAAGAGGCAACCUCCCAGGUCCGGCUACAGGGAGGGAGUCAUCCUGACUGCCCUCUAGCUUUUGCUGGAUCUGGAUUUGAAUUCCACCAUGGAGCCUCGCAUGGAGUCCUGCCUGGCCCAGGUGUUGCAAAAGGAUGUGGGGAAACGACUGCAGGUUGGCCAAGAACUUAUAGACUAUUUCUCAGAUAAACAGAAGUCUGCUGACCUUGAGCAUGACCAGACCAUGUUAGAUAAGCUUGUGGAUGGACUUGCUACCUCUUGGGUGAACUCUAGCAAUUACAAGGUGGUUCUUCUGGGCAUGGACAUCCUGUCGGCUCUGGUGACCCGGCUGCAGGAUCGGUUCAAGGCGCAAAUCGGCACAGUGCUGCCAAGUCUAAUCGACAGACUGGGAGAUGCUAAAGACUCCGUGAGGGAGCAAGACCAAACUCUGCUGCUAAAGAUCAUGGAUCAAGCUGCUAAUCCCCAGUAUGUAUGGGACAGAAUGCUUGGAGGCUUCAAACACAAGAAUUUCCGUACAAGAGAAGGCAUCUGUCUUUGCCUUAUUGCAACACUCAAUGCCUCUGGAGCACAUACUCUAACACUAAGCAAGAUCGUGCCACAUAUAUGUAACUUACUUGGAGAUCCCAACAGCCAGGUUCGAGAUGCAGCAAUAAACAGCUUAGUGGAAAUUUACAGACAUGUAGGAGAACGUGUGAGGGCAGAUCUCAGUAAAAAAGGAUUGCCACAGUCCCGGCUGAAUGUCAUUUUUACAAAAUUUGAUGAAGUUCAAAAAUCUGGAAAUAUGAUACAGUCUGCAAAUGAUAAAAAUUUUGAUGAUGAAGAUUCUGUGGAUGGUAAUAGACCUUCCUCUGCUAGUUCUACAUCAUCCAAGGCUCCUCCAAGCUCACGGAGAAACGUUGGAAUGGGGACCACCCGCCGGCUUGGGUCAUCCACUCUUGGAUCCAAGUCUUCAGCUGCAAAAGAAGGUGCUGGUGCUGUUGAUGAAGAGGAUUUUAUUAAAGCAUUUGAUGAUGUACCUGUAGUGCAGAUUUAUUCCAGCCGAGACCUUGAGGAAUCCAUAAACAAAAUUAGGGAAAUAUUAUCUGAUGACAAACAUGAUUGGGAGCAGAGAGUAAAUGCUCUAAAAAAGAUUAGAUCUUUACUUUUGGCUGGUGCUGCUGAGUAUGAUAACUUCUUUCAACAUCUGCGUCUUUUGGACGGAGCCUUUAAACUCUCUGCUAAGGAUCUGCGGUCUCAGGUAGUGCGGGAGGCUUGUAUCACAUUGGGGCAUCUGUCAUCGGUUCUAGGAAAUAAAUUUGACCAUGGAGCUGAAGCCAUUAUGCCAACUAUCUUUAAUUUAAUUCCAAACAGUGCCAAAAUUAUGGCCACUUCUGGUGUUGUAGCUGUUAGGUUAAUCAUUCGGCACACACACAUCCCUAGACUAAUACCUGUUAUAACAAGCAACUGUACCUCUAAGUCUGUUGCAGUUAGAAGGCGCUGUUUUGAAUUUUUAGAUUUGCUUUUACAAGAAUGGCAGACACAUUCACUGGAAAGACACAUAUCAGUAUUAGCUGAAACAAUAAAGAAGGGAAUCCAUGAUGCUGAUUCUGAAGCAAGAAUAGAAGCCAGGAAAUGUUACUGGGGCUUCCACGGUCACUUCAGCAGAGAAGCAGAGCACUUAUAUCACACCUUGGAGUCCUCCUACCAGAAAGCCCUGCAGUCCCAUUUGAAGAAUUCAGACAGCAUAGUGUCUCUGCCUCAGUCCGAUCGCUCGUCUUCUAGCUCUCAGGAGAGUCUCAAUCGGCCACUCUCUGCCAAAAGAAGCCCUACUGGCAGUACCACAUCUAGAGCUUCUACAGUUAGCACCAAAUCUGUAUCAACAACCGGAUCCCUCCAGCGAUCUCGAAGUGAUAUUGAUGUGAACGCAGCUGCCAGUGCCAAAUCUAAAGUCUCCUCAUCUUCAGGCACGACACCCUUCAGUUCUGCAGCGGCUUUGCCUCCAGGGUCCUAUGCAUCUUUAGAGUCCAGACCCCUGAGGGAAGACAUGGAGUACGUAGGCCUGGAUGCAGGUCGCAUCCGCACAAGACGGCAAAGCUCUGGGAGUGCCACAAAUGUUGCUUCUACACCUUCUGACAGUCGGGGCCGCAGUCGUGCUAAAGUGGUUUCACAGUCUCAGCGAUCCAGAUCUGCUAAUCCUGCUGGUGCUGGCAGCCGGUCAAGUUCCCCAGGGAAAUUGUUGGGAAGUGGCUAUGGUGGACUUACUGGGGGUUCCUCGAGAGGCCCACCUGUGACACCAUCUUCAGAAAAACGAAGCAAGAUUCCCAGGAGUCAGGGGUGUAGCCGAGAAACAAGUCCAAACCGAAUAGGAUUAGCACGGAGCAGCCGUAUCCCUCGACCCAGCAUGAGUCAGGGGUGCAGCCGCGAUACCAGCCGUGAGAGCAGCCGAGAUACGAGCCCUGCUCGGGGCUUCCCUCCACUCGACCGGUUUGGGCUGGGCCAGCCAGGAAGAAUACCCGGUUCUGUAAAUGCUAUGAGAGUUUUGAGCACGAGUACAGAUCUGGAAGCUGCAGUUGCUGAUGCUUUGCUGUUAGGAGACGCCAGGAGCAAGAAGAAGCCCGUGAGGAGGAGAUACGAGCCAUAUGGGAUGUAUUCUGACGAUGAUGCCAAUAGUGAUGCCUCAAGUGUUUGCUCUGAGCGCUCAUAUGGCUCCAGGAAUGGUGGAAUCCCCCAUUAUUUGCGGCAGACGGAGGAUGUAGCAGAAGUUCUCAACCACUGUGCGAGUUCAAACUGGUCAGAAAGGAAAGAAGGGCUGCUGGGCCUGCAGAACUUGCUGAAGAGCCAAAGAACACUGAGUCGAGUAGAAUUGAAGAGAUUGUGUGAGAUCUUCACCCGAAUGUUUGCUGACCCUCAUAGCAAGAGAGUUUUCAGUAUGUUCUUGGAGACUCUUGUGGAUUUUAUAAUAAUUCAUAAGGAUGACUUGCAAGACUGGCUUUUUGUUCUUCUCACACAAUUACUUAAGAAAAUGGGAGCAGAUUUGCUUGGAUCUGUGCAAGCAAAAGUUCAGAAGGCUCUAGAUGUCACAAGGGACUCCUUUCCAUUUGAUCAACAGUUUAACAUUUUGAUGAGAUUUAUUGUGGAUCAAACUCAGACUCCAAACCUCAAGGUCAAAGUUGCAAUCCUGAAAUACAUUGAGUCUCUGGCCAGACAGAUGGAUCCAACAGAUUUUAUAAACUCUAGCGAGACAAGACUUGCUGUUUCUAGAAUCAUUACCUGGACAACAGAACCAAAGAGUUCAGACGUGAGAAAGUCCCCGCUUCAGCGUAGUCGAGUAGGGGAGGAUUUCCCUGCUAGGUCAGCAUCCACCUGCUCUGGGCCUGGAGAAGGAAACUUGGAAGAAAAUUGUAAACAGGCAGCACAGAUUGUGCUCAUCUCUCUGUUUGAAUUGAACACUCCGGAAUUUACCAUGUUACUUGGUGCCUUGCCAAAAACAUUCCAGGAUGGUGCCACCAAACUCCUGCAUAACCACCUCAAGAACUCCAGUAACACCAGUGUGGGAUCUCCAAGCAAUACAAUUGGCCGGACGCCCUCCCGACACCCCAGCAGCAGGACCAGCCCCCUGACCUCACCUACCAACUGUUCCCAUGGGGGUCUAUCUCCAAGCAUGCUGGACUAUGACACAGAGAACCUGAACUCUGAAGAAAUCUAUAGUUCUCUGCGGGGAGUUACAGAAGCCAUUGAAAAGUUUAGUUUCCGAAGCCAAGAAGAUCUGAAUGAGCCAAUUAAGCGAGAUGGCAAAAAGGACUGUGAUAUCGUAUCCCGUGACGGGGGAGCUGCCUCACCAGCCACUGAGGGCCGGGGAAGCAGUGAAGGGGAGGGAGGCAGGACAGCUCUGGACAACAAGACCUCCCUCCUCAACACCCAGCCUCCACGCGCCUUCCCAGGGCCGCGAGCACGGGAGUACAACCCAUAUCCCUACUCAGACACCAUCAACACCUAUGACAAGACUGCCCUGAAGGAGGCCGUGUUUGAUGACGACAUGGAGCAGCUUCGAGAUGUGCCCAUCGACCAUUCUGACCUGGUGGCUGACUUACUGAAAGAGCUGUCCAACCACAACGAGCGGGUAGAGGAGCGGAAAGGCGCCCUGCUGGAGCUGCUCAAGAUCACAAGGGAAGAUAGCCUGGGCGUCUGGGAGGAGCACUUCAAGACUAUCCUGCUGCUGCUGCUGGAGACCCUUGGAGACAAAGAUCAUUCAAUUCGAGCACUGGCAUUGAGAGUUUUGCGGGAAAUUCUGAGAAACCAGCCUGCAAGAUUCAAAAACUACGCUGAGCUGACGAUCAUGAAGACUCUGGAAGCCCACAAAGACUCCCACAAGGAGGUGGUGAGAGCUGCCGAGGAGGCUGCAUCCACACUGGCCAGUUCUAUCCACCCAGAGCAGUGCAUCAAAGUGCUCUGCCCCAUCAUCCAGACAGCCGACUACCCCAUCAACCUGGCCGCCAUCAAGAUGCAGACCAAAGUGGUGGAGAGAAUUGCCAAGGAGUCCUUGCUGCAACUCCUGGCGGACAUCAUCCCGGGCUUACUGCAGGGUUAUGACAACACGGAAAGCAGCGUGCGUAAGGCCAGCGUGUUUUGCUUAGUGGCAAUUUAUUCCGUAAUCGGAGAAGACCUGAAACCUCACCUUGCACAGCUCACGGGGAGCAAGAUGAAGCUACUAAACUUAUACAUAAAGAGGGCACAGACCACCAAUAGCAACAGCAGCUCCUCCUCCGACGUCUCCACGCACAGCUAGUGGCAGUGCCAAUCUCUGUGCAGAGCCAGACGCCAUCGGUGGUGCCUCAGACCCCCCCAUCGGCUGCCCAGUCAGUACGAGGAGGCCCGCACAUAUUUAUUACAAUCAGUAUUUUGGUCCCUUCCAGCUUUUGUGUAGAAUCUUACUGGUAUUGAAUGUAACAGAAGCAAGGCCUGUAUUGCAGUCUUCGUAGAAACGAAAGGAAUGAGAAACAACAAGAGCCAUACUUACACACGUCUUGUACCACCUGUUGCAAUCACAAAACCAUGUAUGUGGGGUGCAGUUUUUAACAAUCAGAGCUCUCUAGCCAAUGCUUGGUAAACAGUAGCAUUUUUUUUUUUUUUUUUCCAAUUAAGAACGGAUUGUGGGGGGGGGGUGUUCCUUACGUUCCUCAUUCUUAGCUUUCAUUCUCACGAGUUUGCCUUUGUGAGACAAAGCCCCCUACCCUCUUCCCAUCUGACACCAAGAAAGGGUGCAUGUCUUCCACCUCCUGAAAGUGGAACUCAAGUCUUAGCAGGAAAAGGAGAGGAGCUGGAAGCUGGUCUGUCACAUAGCUCACCAAGACUGGAACCAACUGUCCUGCUUCAAACCCAGAAUUAGGAAUGCCCCCUCUGAACAACCCCUUAGAUGCCCCUACCCCAGAGUUGCCAUUUCAGAAGAAUUCUUGAAGUAUAAGUCCAAACCAUACUUAUAAUUUAUAGCAUCCAUCAGGGAUGUCUGAAUGGGCAUUGUGUGAUGCACAAAAGGUAUAAGUCCACCUGUUUCCCUGCUAAGAUCUUGGGGAAUGGCUGUCAAGACGGGGAUUCUCCCUGGACCUCCAAGUCAGUGAUUCAAAUCUGGUGCCAUCUUUCUUCCCUCCCCAUAAGCUUUGCCUAAGCUGUUCAGUUCUAAAAUAUUCUCAACUAAUCUAGUAAACACCUACUUUACCAGCCCAGUUUUGGCUUCUCUGUGUAAUUUGGGAUUAAAAGAAAAGAAAAGUAUAGAUAAACCAGGUAUAUCCAAAUCAUUUUUAAUUCUAUAAGCUGAAGUACUAGAAAAAGUCAUUAUGGUGAGUGGCAGAUGGCAAAACUACAGGAUUUGACACUUUUAGAGUCUGUUUCCUUCCCUGGGAAACCUCUGGGCCCCUUUUUAACCUCUUUAGAGUCUAAUUGCUACAGAGAAAGUGACUAUGAAUUUGAACUCUGAUUAAAUGAGUCUUGAGUAAAAUUCUUAAGCCAAAUGGCAGUCUAAUGCAAUCAUAACGUCACCUGCCAUUGCUUAUGUUAGAUCCUCUGAUUGCACUGAUCCUCUGUAAGGAAAGUGCUUCCUCAGAUGUUAAUUUUAGUGAGGUCUUGGCUGUCCCAGUGCAGAGUCCACUACAGCUGCAGGGACUGAAAGCCAAGACUGGGGCACCCGAGUGUAUGCUUCUCACCCCCCGCCCCCAUUUCCACCACUCCCUUCUCUGGCCCUCUAGAUUCCACAGGGGAAGUUGUGAAAGAUAGAUAAUAUAUUUAGGAACACUGAAUAUGAAGGCCCCUAAUUUCCAGGUGUGUGUGUGUGUGUGUGUGUGUGUAGGGCAUAUCUUAUCAUGUGUCAAGUACCCCACUGCUGCUGCUUAGGGAACUUCAGGGGUGAAUUCUAAGUGGUUGACUAUUUUUGACUGACUUUGGCUCAAAACAGCAGGACCAGGCCUUACUUUCAAUGAUAAACACUGUUUGUGUGUUUGCUUGUUUGUUAAUAGUUCAUUAAUGGGAUUUCUUUUUAUAUUCUCAUAAGAGUCCCAGUGUCUUCUGGUUGCUCCUCUGUUGUGGAAACCCGCGUCCUGGUGAGGUCAUCUAUGAGUUUUCUUAGGCCUAAUGCAGUUAGACCCUUCUUCUGGAACUCUUUGGCUUCUAAAAGGUCACCACAUCCCCAGUGUAGUUGGAAGGCUCCCAAACAUUGCCUGAUGUCCUCCCGUACUCAAAAAGGGCUAGCCUCGAAUGUCACUUGCCCCCUCUUCAAUCUCCUGACUAGCGAGAGAGAACAAUCACUUCACAGGUCUCUUAGCCUCAGUCUGAAAACCGCUGCCCACCGUGCCACGCCGAGGAGACUCGCAUGCUGCCACCACCUCACCAGGGUGGCUGUGUUCACGCUGCCCUCUGAACCCUGACAGCUGCAGCUGCCUUGCCUUGCUGCCACCCCCUGCAGGGCUCCUGUCCAGAUGAAACCGUGGGACACAGCAGAGCAGAGCACUCAAAACUGUUGCCUCCCCAUCUACCUGACUGUCCAGGGCCUUGAAAACCCUCCUGCCCCGUGGUUAGGGGCCGGUUCGUCUGACUCUGCUUCCCUGAAAGCUGCUGCCACCUUCCUUAGACCACAGUCCCGCAGGUGUGGCCGGUCCUCAAGGCACACGGCUUUCUUCAAGUGCACUGCGUGUGCUUCACGGACCCGACACCACAGAGGGCCCCUGGCUGCUCCUCCUGUGGCUCACACUAGCUUCCCAGUACCCCCAGGUAAUGCAGAUGAUUUUGUCUUAUCAGUCAUUUUCUUUCCCUGUCACCCUUUACUUAUCAAGCAUAAUAUUACGACUUUAAAAGACAGCAAAUAAGAACUUUUUAGAACCCCAAGACUCUGCUAACAAUGUUUGGAAAUGAGAAAAGAAAUGCUCUGAAAACUAUCAGCCACCAAAAUAGUUUUGGCACUGUGUUCACACGCAUGGUCCCCACAUCCCCAGGUUGGGUGUUUUGUUUUGUUUUGUUGGGUUUUUUUGGGCUUUUUCAUGUUACAUCCAUAUCUGUAUUUAUAUCUUAUUUGUUUCACUUUCAAGUGUAUCAUGGCAAAUGUACAGAUUUUUUUUGUUAAUAAUGUGCUAGGAUUUGCUAAAAAAGAAAACAAACAAAAAAAACCCUUUUGAGUUUGCCCUAGAAUAAAUGAAACUUAAUUCAAUAUC